AUGGAGGAGCUCGGCAGCGCGUUUUGGGAGGGCAAGCGCGUCCUUGAGCUAGGCACCGGCACCGGCUUGGGGUCGGUGACCGCGACAAAGCUGGGAGCGGCGCGCGUGCUCGCGACAGACCGCGACGCAAAGGUGUUUGCGCUCGCUGCGCAGAACGCGCAGGCGAACGGCGUCGGCGGGACGGUCUCGGCGGCGUCGCUCUCCUGGGGAAGGCCGGGGCCCGAAGCGGCCGACAGCCCCCUCGCGCAAUCGUGGGACGUCGCCAUCGGCGCAGACGUCACGUACAAUCGCGACGCGUGGCCGGUGCUCUUUGAGACCAUCGAGGCGGCGAGGGACGCGAUGCGCAAGGCCGGGCUCGCGUUCGAGCUCGUCGACUCGCCGAUGCGCAACGGCUACGGCGCCGACAAGGUGAAGCUCUUCUGGGUGAGGGGCCCGCAGGCCCCGACCCAAGAAGGCGCCGGCAAAGGGAGGGAAGGCAUCCUUAGUGUCACAGGUGUGUGA